AUGUCUCAGUUAUCAACAGUGAAGAAGUUUGUUUCGUCGGAAGAUGGGGAAGAGUUCAAGGAACUUGUAAAAAAACACUACAAAGGAUUUGUUCAUGUGCCUUCAAGAGAACUUGCACCACCUUGUUUUUAUACUGAUGCAAAGAGGGCUUUCGAAACACUGCGGCAAAAAAACUACUAUCACUAUGACGUUGUCAUGGCAGGCGGGAAACACUGCAGUAGGACAUUUGUGAAAAGAACGCUUGUCGGCUGUCCCGGAAUUACGUACAAAUAUUUGUCUCUUAGGCUUUUUGCACACCCAUGGUCAGGGCCAGAUGCAAUUCCGAUGAUGAAGUCGAUCUGCAAUAUCAAUAAGAGUAUGAUCGAAAUGACCAAAGAGCAUACUGGUCACGGUUUGUGUGAUUACAACCUCACGCUCAUCAACGACAUGCCUUCUGCAGCCUUUCACUCAAGCGUCGGUUUCAAAGAAGAAGCGUUCUAUGGUAUGGGAAAAGUGUCUGUGAGUUGGCACGCAGACAGUUCGCUGCAAAAUGGUUCGAGUAUUGGUGUCUGUCAUUUUGUGUCUUCACGAAAAGCAACACCUUGUGACUGGCGAAUAGCACUGCGACCAUCUCCUUCGGGUGAAAAUGGCGUCUCCAGCGAUAUCCCACCCAUUUCUGUUAGGACAGCCGAUGGGGAUGCAUAUUUCUUGUUGGGAAGUUUCAAUGAAAAGUAUCAGCAUUGUGUUCUUGCAGGCAGUAGUCAACAUCGGAUCAGCAGCACUCACCGUGUUGCGACGAUAGAAAAAGAUACAUAUCAAUACAUAUUGAGGCGAAGCAAGACGGCACUGAAAAGGCUUCGUACCGAAGUGGAGAAAGACGAGGCCAGGAUGGACUAUCGAGUAGUUCUUUUCUCGCAGAAAGUGCUUACGGAAUUAGAGAUGGAAUGGGUCGCGCAGUACUGGCUUCAAGGCUCUACGCACAAUAAACUCCAUGUGUGGUGGCAUAAACCGAUGGAGACCUUGGAAAGUCUCUGGGAGAAUCUAGAGGAGUUGACACAUAGAGUCUAUACUCGAUGCAUUGAAGCCUCGUCGGCAGUUCCUCGGGCUGUUGUAGUUGCUAUAUUAGAAGAAUUCAAGAUUCGGCAACGACUCAGACAGCUAUGGGACGAAAGAAGAGCAGAUGCAGUUUAUAAGAAACGAAUGAAGGAAGACCAAAGACCAAUUGCUCGACCCCAGUUUCACGAUAGAAAGGACUGUUUACCAAAGUCAUUAUCGACGGCAAUACAAAUGCUUGCAAGCGUGAGGGUGCAGAAGCAGAUCUCAACGGUAGAUAAAACAAAUGAGACGAAUCAUCAUGGGGUGCGAAAAGCGCAGAAAUCCUCAGCUGCAAAGAAGAAACGGCCUUCGAGUUCAAGCAGAAAGAAGGAAGUUCACAAACGGAAACGAGAAACUGAGGAAGAAAAUCGACCUCUUGGUCUGAUACUCUAA